AAUGGAAAGGAAACUCAACGAUGUUUGCUCAAGGCGAGAAGCAAGUGGCGGCCACAACAGCUGUGGGAGAAUGGCUGCUGACAUAACUGGUCUCUAAUUACGCUUGAGUCAACAAACAAAAUUGCAGGUGUCAAAACAUGAGAUAAGAGCCGAGCCAAAGCAAUAGCUAAAGCAUUUGGCCGUGGCUUUAGCUUUGGCUUGUGACUUGCUGCCGUAUUCAUUGGCUUCAUUUGUGGAUGCCACGCGGCAACGAACGGUGGCAUGGCACGCAAGCAGUUGUUGCAACUUCUGCUCGCCUUGAUGCUGCAGACACAGACGCUGUCGCAGAUACUGGACACUGGACUCCUAGAGCAGACAAUGAACGACAUUCCCCACGUGCAUGUGAUGCUGCGACUCAGGCAGCUGCACGAGGAUGCGGCCAAUGCGAAUGCCCGCUGGUUCAUGCAACGCACGGAGACGCCACACUGCACGCACAGCUACGAUGAGGAGCAGUCGCUGCCAGGCGUGGACAGUCGCGAUAGCCUCGCUCUGGUCAUCGGUCUGCCGCAAUUAAUCUCGAACAGCGGUGCCGCAGCUUUGAUGCAACGAGCUGGCGUCUUUUUCUACAUCAUUGGCGACGCCCUCGGCGAGCUGAGCGAACAGCAGCUGCUGCAAGUGGAGCAGAGCUGCCGGCAAUUGUGGAUUCGUCGCAAGAUCUACAACCGCUACAUCAUCACCGAUACCGCCAUCUACAUCUAUGAUCCCUUUGCACGCCGCGAUGCGAACGGAAUGGAUGCCUGGGAGGCGUCUUUUGGUCGCCUCUUGCCCUUCAUGGGUGGCGAGCCAUUGCCUGAGCUGUUGUUCCACAACAUGCGCGGCUAUCCGCUGCGUGUGCAGAUCUUCAAGUCGGUCUAUGCACGGCCCGUCUUCGAUCCCGAGACGGGACUGCUCGCUGAGCUCACUGGCGUCGACUGGGAAGUGGCGCAGGCACUGCGAGAUCUGCUUAACUUCACAAUGGAUCUGCAGGAGCCCGACAAGAACUACUUUGGCGAACGCAGCGCGAAUGGCAGCUACAAUGGCGCCAUCGGAUCCAUUCAGAACGAUGGCCUGGACAUUUGUCUGACGGGCUUCUUUGUCAAGGAUUAUCUGGUGCAGGAUGACAUGGACUUUACGGUGGCCGUCUACGAUGAUCAACUGUGCAUCUACGUGCCCAAAGCGAGUCCCAUACCACAGUCCAUACUGCCCAUCUUUGCGGUGGGCUACGACAUCUGGCUGGGCUUCAUACUGAUGGCCUUUGUGUGCGCCUUCAUCUGGCUGCUGUUGCGCGUGAUCAAUCUGCGGCUGCGCAUCGUGACGGUGGCCGGACGUCGAUUGUGGCAACAGGCGUUGGCCAUUGUCGUGGACACGUGGGUGGUGUGGGUGCGUGUGAAUCUAUCGCAUCUCCCCGAUAGCUAUGCAGAGCGCAUGUUCAUUGGUUCGCUGUGCCUGGUCAGCGUCAUCUUUGGGGCCAUCUUCGAAUCAAGCUUGGCCACCGUGUACAUUCAUCCGCUGCACUACAAAGACAUCAUGACGAUGCAGGAUUUAGACGACAGCGGACUGAAGGUUGUGUACAAGUACACCUCGAUGGCCGAUGAUUUGUUCUUCAGCGAGACUUCGCCAUUGUUUGCCAGCCUCAAUAAGAAACUCUGGUGGAAUCGCGAUCUCAAUGCCGAUGUCACUCUUGAGGUGGCCACCGUGGGCGGCAAGGCGGGCGUCUCACGCUACAACUCGCUGAUCAUGGAGUCGGCCAACUUUUUGCUAACGCAACGCAUUUGGAUUGUGCCCGAGUGUCCCAAGUACUACACCAUCUCGUAUGUGCUGCCCCGCGACGCCCCUUGGGAGGAGGCAGUCAAUACUCAACUGUUGCGACUGCUCAACGCUGGGCUCAUCCACAAAUGGAUUCUGGAUCAAAAGUAUCGGGUGACUAUGAGGAUGCGCACCAUCCUCAAUCAGGCUGAGGACAACGCCAGCCCAAUUCGGGUCCUAACCAUCGGGGAUCUUCAGCUCGCCUUCUAUGUGGUCAUUGUGGGCACUCUUCUUGCAUCGCUAGGAUUUAUCGGGGAGCACGUGUGGCUGCGACAUAGUUUGCGUGGCUCACGCAAGAAGCUAUAAGGAUUGAAGCUUCUAAGAAUAUACUACAAUAUUUUGCAAUUAUUUUAACUUUUGUUUUUUUUUUCUUUUUAAGUACUGUACUA